AUGGACGGAAAGAGUGUGAAAGACCUCUCGCCUGAUUGGAUCCGGAAGCAUAUUGGCGUAGUAUUACAAAAUUCGGACCUGUUCGACCUUUCUAUCCGUGACAAUAUUGCCUUUGGUGAUUGUUCUCGUGAACUUCCGAUGAGUGAUAUUAUUGAGGCCGCGAAAGUGGCUAACAUCCACGACUUUAUCACAAGUCUCCCAAUGGGCUACGACACUAAAGUGGGUAUUCAGGGAUCCCAACUUUCAGGAGGCCAGCGACAACGACUCGCGAUUGCUCGAGCACUGGUCAGGCGGCCGGCAGUUCUGCUGCUGGAUGAAGCGACCUCGGCACUGGACGCAGAGAACGAGCGAGACGUACAGGAGGCGCUGUCGCAGACCAUAGCAAAGGCAAAGAUAACUUGUGUCGUAGUGGCGCAUCGCCUCUCCACAGUAGAGGCCUGCGACUUCGUGGUGGUAGUUGAUCAUGGGCAGAAAAUCGAGUGUGGUCCCCCUGGUGCACUGCUACAAGCCCGCGGUGCCUUUUAUGCCCUACACAGCGCCUCCGGUUGA